AUGGAGUGGAAUUCGAAAUCGACAAGAGGGUUCGACUGUGAUGGUGUCGAGCCAACUGAAAUCCCCCUACGUGUAAUUAAGACUGACAAAGAUGUGGACAUAGCAGCAUCUUUAUGUAAUGGUUUUGUAAGUGGAUCUUCUUCAAGAAAUCCUUUUGUAACAUCUGGUUCUUUGCCUGUUAGCAAUAAAUUGGACGAAAACUUUAUCUGGAUGGAAAAGAUACGUGGAAGCUCAGGAGAAUCGUUUAAUAGUUUAGAACUUGGAAAACAGAAAGUGUAUGGAUUGGCAUCUUCAAUUCCAGUGUCGUGUAAUGCUACAAAAAGAUCGAGGGCGUCUUAUCAGAAAAUGCAGAAUCCUUGCUGCCAAGUUGAAGGGUGCAAUCUUGAUCUUACAUUAGCAAAAGAUUAUCACCGGCGUCAUAGAAUCUGUGAAAGUCAUUCCAAAAGCCCCAAGGUAAUUGUAGCAGGAAUGGAAAGGCGCUUUUGCCAACAAUGCAGCAGAUUCCAUAGCUUGUCGGAGUUUGAUGAUAAUAAGAGAAGCUGUCGAAGGCGCCUUUCUGAUCACAAUGCUAGACGACGUAGGCUGCAGCCUGAACCGAUCCAUUUCAGCUCAGCAGGACUGUCUUCUUCAUUAUAUGAGAGGACAUCACAGAAUGUGCUGUUUAACGUAUUCCCUAUCUCGGGUUCAAAUCGAAGGGGGGAAAGUAUCUGCAAUUCUAUGCUGACACAAGCCAGCGAUUCCCUCUUUAGGCAUUCAAAGACUGGAGGAAUUGAUAAACGACCGUGUUUUCCCGGUGAUGAAAUUCCUUCUGCGGUCUAUAACCUAAAAGUUGAGUCAGAGAGGUUAUUGUCCCUUCAAAGCACGAAUCCUCGGGUCCUAGAUCAAUAUCUUCCGAGUGCUUCCUCUCUUCUGUCAAUCGAUAAUCCUUGGAGUUUGAAUCUGGAUGAAUCCAUUUCUAUGGAGGGCUUAAUGCAGGGAAACGCCAGUGUGGACAAUCCGAUUAGGCUGCAUAACUGGUCAUUUGUUCAAGCUGCAGCAGACGAAGGGCCUUCUGUUUCUCCGGUAAGAAUUCUUGCCAUAGUAACUUCUAGCAAGAAUGUGUUGCAACUUCUCCGAGGAGCAAGAUUUAAGUCAAGCACUCUCGAUCGAUCCCUGAAAUUCCCCAAUUCUGAGGGUUUUGGUGAACGAGGUCUAGAGCGUCAAAAUCCUCAUGCAGAAGAUAUAAAAUUUUUGAAGAAUUUGUGCUGUGAAAACUUUUUUGCUAAAGGAAAAUGCCGGAGGGUCCAAAAUUUCCGGGAAUUAUAG